GUGUUUCGCACAAGGGUAAAAAUGCUGUCAAUAUCUCUCAAAAUAUGUUAAUUUCGAUACAAGUGAGAAGAAGUCUUUACGAAACGAUUAGUCUAGCCGAGUUUAUCGAGGGCAUCAGCUUGCUGGAGUUUGUUCAGUUAAUUGCUUGUGUUAAGCCUAAUUACGAAUUUGGGUGGAGCGGACAGCAGAGGUAGGGGGGCGUGCUUUGCUUUGUGUAUGAACGGUGAAUAGGCUACUUACCUUGCCAACUUCACGACAAAGUCUGAAGUUACAUCAAGAGACAGUCACUUUUGUAGCCCGUGAGCUCACGAACUGGGAUAGCAUACGAAAACAGUGCUUUCAAGUGAUUUAUGGAAACACGCACAGGCUGCCUCUCAGCAUAGCAAAGCCAUGUUGACCACCGAGGGGGUGCCACACACAGCGGACCACAUCGUUGACGAGAAGAAGAUGGACGUCCAGGACGCCGACAUGACCUCAUGGACGGAGGCCGAGUUCGAGGAGAAGUGCACCUACAUCGUGAAGGACCACACCUGGGAAGGGGGCCCCGAGUCUCACCCGGCGGACCUCAGCCGCUCCGAGGCCUCGCUGCCCCGCAACCUGGCCUUCAAGCACCCAGCAAACUCCAAAGAGGUGACUGGUGUCGUCAGCAGAGAAUACAUCCCCAAGGGAACUCGCUUUGGCCCUCUAGUGGGCGAGGCCUACACUGCAGAGAGCGUCCCCAAAGACGCCAACAGGAAGUACUUCUGGAGGAUUUACUCGGACGGCAAGUUCCAUCACUUCGUGGACGGGCUGAACGAGGAGAAGAGCAACUGGAUGCGCUUCGUGAACCCGGCCCACUCGGAACAGGAGCAGAACCUUGCCGCCUGCCAGAAUGGCAUGAGCAUCUACUUCUACACGGUGAAGCCCAUCCCCGCCGACCAGGAGCUGCUGGUGUGGUACUGCCCAGAGUUCGCCCGCCGCCUCCACUACCCACCCUCGGGGGAGAUUAUGAUGCAGAAACUCAAGCAGAGUCUGAUGGAGGCGAAACAGCAGGUGACGGAGGAGGUGGUGAAGCCCGUGAAGAGGGAGCACAGCGUCUCCGAGAUCCUCAAGGACACCAAGCGGGACCCGGGCCGGCCCCUGGCCACGCGUCCGCACUGCCCCGACAGCCCCGAACGGCCCCUCUACCCCCGGGCCAUCUACCCCAUCCGCCCACACCCCCAGCCGCUCUCGCACCUGCACCUGGGCGAGGAGCUCCUGAAGGCCAGCCCGGCGUUUGGCUACUCGGCCCGCUCGCCCGGCCAGUCCUCGGCCACGCCCAGCCCCAACGCCCGCAGCAGCCCCGAGAGCAGCCCCACCCACAGCCGCAGCCCCGCCGGCGUGUCCCCCCCCAGACCCGCUGCCGUCCCGCAGGAGCCCCGCGACGGCUUCUCCGCCGCCUUCCACCCAGGCCUCUACAGCCGCAGGCUGGGCCCCUUCCCCGGUUACUCGCCUCCCGGGGGGCUCCCCUCGCCCUUCUACCCGAGUCCGCAGUACCCACGCUACCUCCUGCCAUCAUAUGGGCCGCCCUCAGUGGGUAGCAUGUUCCACCGCAUGUACCCGCUCUACGGCAACAUGAUGCCCCCACAUUUGCCCCUUCCGCCGGGCAUGCACCCGUCCGAGGCCGGUCGCCGCUUCCUACCCCCCCCAGCCACCGAUGCCCACCGGGACUUCCUCAUGCCGGCCCUGAGCAGUGCCUUCUCGGCGGCCACCUCCCUGAAGGACAAGCCCUCCGUGCACCCCCGCGCUCCGCCCAGCGGCUCGCCCACGGCUGGCUCAGGGGCGUCCGGAGACCGGCUGCCCACCAAGCCUACCUCGGCCCUGCUGGGUCCCUCCGUCCGGCCCGAGGAGGAAGCCAUCAACCUGAGCAAGAUGAAGCGGCACAGCUCCACGGGUUACAAGACGCUGCCCUACCCGCUGAAGAAGCAGAACGGCAAGAUCAAGUACGAGUGCAACAUCUGCAGCAAGACCUUCGGCCAGCUGUCCAACCUCAAGGUGCACCUGCGUGUCCACAGUGGCGAGCGGCCCUUCAAGUGUUCGACCUGCAGCAAGGGUUUCACCCAGUUGGCCCACCUGCAGAAGCACUUCCUUGUCCACACGGGCGAGAAGCCCCACGAGUGCCAGGUGUGCCACAAGCGUUUCAGCAGCACCAGCAACCUGAAGACGCACCUGCGGCUCCACUCGGGCGAGAAGCCCUACCAGUGCAAGAUGUGCCCGCAGAAGUUCACACAGUUCGUGCACCUGAAGCUCCACAAGCGGCUGCACACGCGCGAGCGGCCCCACAAGUGCCCGCACUGCCACCGCAGCUACAUCCACCUGUGCAGCCUGCGGCUCCACGCCAAGGGCUACUGCCUGGCGCCCGGCGGGCCCCCGCCGGCCCCCGGGUGCACGCUGGACGAGCUGGCGCGCAUCAACGAGGAGAUUGAGCGCUUCGACAUCACCGACCACGCCGACAAGCUGGACGAGAUAGACGGCAUGGACAGCGAGGUGGAGAAGCAGAUCCUGGGCAUGCUGUGGCGGGAGCUGGACCUGAAGGUGUCAUCCUUCCACAAGGGCAGCAGCAGCGGCGACAUACUGACCUUGCCUCCCCUGCACACGUCCUCGGGCUUUGACCUGUUCCAGCCCAGCGGCGAGGUGUCCGUCAUCAAACUCCGCCUCGGCAGCCCGCGACCCCUGCUCCCCGUCAAGGUUAAGCAGGAGACUGUGGAAGCCAUGGAAUCCUAAAUCAACCUGUAUUCACCACCACCACCACUACUUAAAAUAAGCCGCAGAUUAACCACUCAGAGACCUUCAUACAGACACAUGCAAGCACACCCAUCCAACCCCAAGCCUGGCUCACUGACUUACACCCAGGCGCUUCGGGAGAAGGUGGCAGCAAUAAAUAAGUUGUAAAUUAUUUUUCUUUUUGUUUUUGGUUGACGGUAACCAAGGCUCCGGUUCUGUCUUCAGGGACUUCAGUACUCAGGGCUCAAAGACACUGUCCUACGACUGCGUGCGGUCUUGCCCAGUGUGUCCUACACUUACGACAAAGACAAUCAUCUAUCCUUAAUUUCAUAUGACUAUUUUAAUAUCAUUGUUGUCAACGUUGUUGUUGUUGUUGUUGUUGUGGAUGUUGUUAUUAAUAUUAUUGUCUUGUUAUUUUGGUUCAUUGUAGUAUGUAACCACCUUAAUUUAUUAUGCAAUUUGUUGUCCUUUGAAAGCAAUACUUGGAAAAUAAUGUUUACAAUGACUGGGUAAAUUCAUUGUAAUUGACUAUUUACUUAUUUUUCUACGUGACCAUUCUUCUUUUGUAGAUAUUUUUCUUUUUCUCUGCCGGUCUUGGCCCUGUGUUAUGGGCCUAUGGCAGAGAUGGGGAGCAUCCUUUACAAAGGGUGUGUCUUUUGAAAACAGGUUUUAAAAAGGGGAAAAGGACUGCUCUUCAGUCGAAGGUCUUUUAUGGUUUUUUUUCUUUCUGUCAGGCCAAAGGUGAUUUGAAAUGUUGUUUCCCCGACCUCAAAAAUCAAAAGGAAAAGCGUCUGCAAUGCAUGCUCUUAGAGGAUUUUUGUUGUUGUUAAUGAGCUCUACUUACUCUAUAUGAGGCAUUGUUUUGUAUAUAUAUUUUUUAAACAACCGUUACCUCAGUGUGUGUGCGUAUGUGUGCGCAUGCGUGUGUGCGUGCGUGCGCGCGUGCGUGUGUGUGUGAGUGUGUGUGUGAGUGUGUGUGAGUGUGUGUGAAUGUCCAGAAGGAAGUUGAAGCAGGAAGCACAUAUGAUAUUUAUUGCUCUGCUACUUGAAGAUGAAAACCAAAAUGUUCUGGAGUGCAGCUCUCCAUUGCGGCCCAAAGAGCAGGAGUUCGUUCACAUGUAGCACGUUGGCUGGCUGUGGCAGAGCAGACAUCUCCAAAUCAGCCCCAACCACAACCAAAAAAAAAAAAAAAAAAAAAAAAAGAGGCAAAAACAAAACAGUAAGACGUCCAAUGGGGCUAGUUACCAAAGUUCACUGUCAUUCUUUGUUUGACACCAAAAAGAGGACUAAAUUAUUGAAAAAGCAAAACCCGAGAAAAUAAUGUGUGUAUAUUAUGAAGUGUUAGCUCUUUAGCUAUGUGUUAUUUUUGUUUUAUGUUUCCUUUGCCUAACCCCCCCCCCCCCUUUGCCCACGUGGAUGGCAGACUGAAUCACCUCAGCCUUCGAAUGCACUGGUUUUUCCUCCUCUGUCUUGUGCCCCGUACUCUUUACCACAUAUUACGAGUCAGUGGUCAAUCUGGGUCUUUUUAGACGACACUGUCUCUAAGGCUACACUGUGUGCCGUAAAGCAGUAGCAUCUCAACUCGUUUUUCUUCCCCAUUCUUUUCUUCCUCCUGAAGUAUGACCAAAGUUUUCCCUCAUCUUCAGCUUUAAACUAUAGAAGAAACAACGGUCUCUAUGUUUACAUAGUUAUUUAAGUGCAACAUGUCCAUGUAAAUUAUAUAAAUGUUCACUGUUCUAAUCAA